CGCUUACGCAAAGCACCCACAAUGCCUGCAAAACAACCACACCUUGAUACACAGUUGCAUGCCUAACUACGACCGUAGAUUGGAAUUAUUUUCCGUUCAGAAUAUGAGGAAACGUAUAAAUUCACUAUUGUCUGAAGAGCUGCAAAAGAACGAUUGAUUGAAGGAUGAAGCUUAACCAUCCAUUUCAACCCACUGGAUAUCCAGAAGAUUCCUGACCUAAAACUCUUUGGAAUAUGUGACUUCAAGGCUGCCGACUCCUCAGGGCACAAGGAUUACGUGGGGAUAUAUACAUGACUGCUCAAAACAUGCAGCCUCCACAGAGUCAACAUUCAAAUGUUCUCAUUUCACUGGUUGGCAUAACAAACCAAGGACCUUCGCAGACAAGCAGCCAUAAGCUGUUCUGCUCCAAAUGUCGCUUUUCCACCAAGGACCAUGACCUCUUUGAGCGACACUUGGCUCAGCAUGCAGGGGUCACCUUUACUUGUAACAUGUGUGGCCACAUCUCAUAUACUAAAGUGGAGUCUCAGCGGCAUGCCGUGCAACACUCCGGAAAGUUCCCAUUCAAGUGUGACUUCUGCAGCUAUGGCGCGGUGAGACGAGACUAUGUGGUGAAGCAUGUCCAACGAGUACAUGCCAAGAAGAAAGUGGGUCCUUAUCAGGACGGAACGCAGAAUGUUCUAAUAAUGGGAGAUGUGUCUAUAGCAUCUGUUCCCAAAGUAGGACUGCCAACUUUUAUAGAUGUCACUGAACAGACAGCUAAAGCAUCUAGUCAGGCUUUUGAUAUGGUGCCAAAUUGGAUGCCUUUGACAGUGAGUCAGCCACAGAGGAACAGCACAAGCCAUUUGGGCAGUAUGUUGAGCCAGCAAGUCACAUCAAACAAAUUUCUCAAUCCACAGAGCCAGUAUGUUGGUGUUACUUCAAAAACAGAGUGUGUGUCAACAAAUCUGAAUUCUGCUGGUGGACCAAACCAGAUUAUCAGUAUAACUCCAAUUAGGAUUCCUAAUGCAGCAAAUAACGCUAAUGGCAAUGCAGCGAACAUCAAUCUUCCAGUGGGAAAUCAACCAAAAUCUUAUACAGGCAAAGUCCUCACAAGCUUGAAACAUUCCACAGGUAUUGCCCCAGAUGUGUAUAGUGUUAUCCCUAGUCAAGCCAUAUAUACAGCUACUCCUACUACUCCAAACACAUCAAAUUACUCAGAUCACCGAACACCUCCAAUAAUCCUACGGAAAACUCUGCAGAGAUCAGUGGACAUGAUUCCCAAUAUAACCAACAGAAAUCUUCCAGCAUCCAAUGUUGCUACAAAUGGGUUUAGUGCUAUCCCCAGACAGUCACUACAUUUGGGUACACCUAAUACUUCAACCACACUGAAACACUCAACUGGCAGAACACCUCCAAACAUCCUACGGAAAAGUCAACAGCGUUCAACAGGAAUUGGUCCAAAACCAUCGUAUGUGUUUAAUAAUAGUGUUGCAAAUCAGGCUUGUGUUGGGUCAUCAUCAAACACAAUUCCUAUAAGUAUGAGUCAGGCCCUUUUAGGUCCUUCAAAAAUGACGGUUUUGUCAAAUCAGACCACCAGACCAACUCUAGGUGCAGUUUCUAAUGUGCCAGGAAAGAUGAUUACUCUGACUUCAAAUAGGCCCCUAGCUUCUGCAAUAGCCUCAUUAGGUCGUUUAACAAACAGGACUGCCAACACAGUGGGCCAAUCACUAAAUCCCCAAAACCGAAACACAGAAUGCCAGAUCGGGAGUAAAACUUCAGAGUCUUUCCUGCAACCUUUAGCCCUUCAGGGGAAAUGUCUCCCUCAUAUAAUCAGUAAGCCUGAGGUGGUAUCACCUGUCCAGGUGGAGCUGCUGGAGCCAUUGAACCAGCCAAUUCACCACGACCGUACUCUGACUGUUUCUUACCCAGAGGAGAUCAGCAUCCCCCCAGGUAGCCUGGUGGAGUUGGUCGAAGUGAAAACUGUUAACGGCACCCAGGAGUUGCAGUUUAGGAUCGUGCCACAGCAGUCUGUAGGACGUUCAGAUAAGAACGCCUCAAAUGCUGCAGUUGCUGCUCCGAUUCCUGCACCACCUGCUGCUCCAAGUACAACCUUCAAGGAAGUUGUGUAUAGGGAUAAAAGGCUGAGUGAGAUGGAGACUUGUCCAAAGAUGGACUCAGGUCAGACUCCUAUUUCAAAACCUAGUUUUCUUAAAACAUCCAGUGCACCCAUCGCCACUUUGAAAACACACUCUGACAUUAGGGUUAAUGUGAAAGAAGAACCACUUGAACAUGACUGUUUUCUUGCACCUGUGUCACAAGAGUUGAAUAAAGGGUGUGGAUCACAGGCUAACUCUGUAAGCAUAACUACUCGUCUCCCAACUGCUGCACUCCGACAGAGAAAUUCCUCACAUUCUUUACUUUCUCAUAAUAAGCUGCCUUUUGCUAGCAACAAAAGUUCAACCUCUGGUGGACUUCUCAGAGACAGCAAGGUUCCUGAAACCUCAGUGGAGAUGCAUAGAGACUGUAAUGGCGAGGUAAGGGAAGCUGAGGGCUUGCCUGUAAUCUUAUCUGUAUAUUCACUGGAAUAUAGUCCGAAGAGUGAAGAGUUUCCACGUGUAGUUGAGAGAAGGCCGACACAUGGUAUUGGUGUAAACAACUAUGAGACCUACACAUCUGCUGAGGAUUGUGCCGAUAACCUCUUGGUUCCAGGUCAGUCGUCAGUUGGAGAAACAUUAAGCCAGUAUUUGCGGCAAGAGGGGGAUUAUGCAACGCCACCAGCCAAAGCGAGGCCUAUGGACAGGCCAGAGAAUGAAAAUAACAGACACAAACUGAAUACACACAUUGAAAGGCCUGCCUGGGCGUCACCAACUCAAGUGUUGGUGAAGAGUAAUCAAACUGACACACCCAGUACUGCUACAGACUCAAAUUCCAGUUUGGAUUUCACUGGAUGUAAACCAGCAGAGCCACACCCAACUCAUAGACAACCACAAACAUGUUUAUAUCUGCCUGACACUGAAGCCAAAGGAAGAACAAACUGUGAGGCACAUGUUAGUAGUUCUGAACAGAAAUCGUAUGAGCAGCUAUUCACACUGGUUCCAAAAGUGUCUUUAGUAAGGAUUUCAGAUAAGCAUCUCCCACCUUCUCAACCUGAGAGACAAUCAGAAAAGCACACAGAGAAUGACACUUUUACAGCAAGACCAGUCCUGUCCUGUGCCUCCAAUUAUCAGAACAUCUCUGUCCACCAGCAGGCCUGUCACGAAGUUCUCAAGCUUCGCCUGAAAAGGAAAAAGUGUGAGUCCGAGAAUGACUCAUGCGAUAUCUUUGAAGCACUGGUAACACCACCGACUCAGACAAACGUUGAGCCAUUCAUUUUUCCAGAAGAGAGGCAACAGAAAGAGAAGAUGUCUGCUAAACGCCGGAAGCUCAGUGGCAUUGUGAUCUCACAAAGACUUUGUCUGACUCCUGUAAAGGACGAUCAGCCUGUGAAAUGCCCAGGCCCCAACCAGCCAGUGGUUGUCCUCAACCAUCCACACCCACUGGCUCUGAGGUUAGGAAGAGGCCUACAGUCACCAGUAGACAGAGGAAUCGCCCCACUGCGCAUUGUCUUUUCUAGAGACACUCACAGAAUUGUACCAGAAUUUGUGAGGUCCCCGUCAUUAAAAAUGAAGUUUAAAAAAGUCCAGGGUAACCAGUACCAAGUUACUGAGCUGUUGGCUGAAGGGAUUUCUGACAAGCUGAUUUUAUGAGUCUGACCAUUUUCACCUACAUUAGGUGUGAAGACACUGGGCUUCAGGUUUAAGAACCUGUGAAUUACAGCCAUGUGUACAUAUCUCUUUACAGUAUGUAAAAAAAAGUCAAGUUAAAGUUUUUAAAGUCUUGAUAAAGCAAAUGGCAGACAAUUUUAAGGUGUUAUUUUAUAUGACUUAAAUAAAUCAUUUUGUAUUGAUGAUAGCGUUAUUACUCUGAUGUGUAGUGUCCCUCUCUUAUGUUGUGCUCUAACGUUCGCUGUAGUGUUGCCUCUGGAUUGCACUUUUUGAGUGUUGUCUGCCCAUGCAGAAGUUGAACCGGAUAAAUAAUGCAACUUUCUACACUGUCCAAUCUGAAUAGCUCGAUUAUUACUUGAAUUGGAAGUUUUCAUUCAGUGUGUUUGUUUGAGUCCAAUGGAUCAAUUUAGCCUGGUAGUAAACCAGAACCUGAAAUCUUUCAGAUAAAGGAUCUGGCCACGAAUAAUGAAAAUGGCCCAACUCGAGGGGCGGCACCAAGCAUGCAUUAGAAGACCUCACUGCACGCAAUUGGAUAACACAACCAAUGUUUAGUCUGACUGAUUCUGGACUUUGACGCAAUUGGAUAAUACUACGACCAUUUGAUUUGAUUUGAUCUGAUUUGGUUGGUUACUGCAGAUGGUUGCGUAAACGUAACAUGCAUCAUUGCUCGUGGCCAGAGUAUCUUCUGGACACAAUUCAACUUGUGCUCUCGCGAGAACCCUCUGAUUUCCAGGGUAUUUUUGGCUUGAGAGUAACAAUGGCAUAAGUCACGAACAUCUCUGAGCCUGUAGGUCUUUUUAUCUAUCCUCCCUUCCUUCCUCUGUCCUCUUCUCACUGAUCUAGAUAAAGAAUGAUGGGGUGGCAACAAUAGGAUACUCUAUCCAGUGUUCUUUAUAGAUCAGCGGGAUCGAGGCGGAGGGCUGAGGAAGGAAGGAAGGGAGGAUAGAUAAAAAGAUUUAUUAGAGGCACCCAUAGUUUCCUCUGGGGACAAUAAAGUGUACCUUACCUUAAAAAUCGCCAGUCAAUGUCCUGCCCUCACCUUUCUGUUUGCAUGGCUGUUAGUGUUAAGUUAAGUUAAGUAUUAGAAUGGUGGACAAACAAGUGAAAGAAGUCUAUUUUGCUGCUUGUUAUAUGACCAUGAGUAGAAUGGUGUCAUUUUAAGCAUACUGUAUAUCAAUGAAGAAAGUUUUAAGGUGAUGAGACACAGGGCAAACUUGCAGGUGUUGUUGAAGCAGGUCUCCAUUGAUGUUGAGCUUUUUUUUUCUUUAGAGAUCGUAUUACAGAGUCAGUUUUCAUCUGAAAUUUAAAAUACCUGACCAAAACAUUGAAACCUUCUGUAUUGCACCCGAGACUCACAAUGUGUUAAGUAACCGUCUUGCCAUGUCCGUGUCAGUAUGUACUUUAUUACAAUGUAAAUAAAACUGGUUCUUUUGUAUUU